AUGCGGACUCCGAUCUCAGGGCAGUCGAUAAUCAGAGGGUCCUCUUGGCUCUGCCUGCGGGGAGUGGCGCGUUUGCAGCCCAGCGGGGAGCGAGGCCGGAGUCUCGGCUCGACGCCGCCGCCUCCUCACCCUGGGGGCCCGGACGACCGGGAGGAAUCGCAGACCCCGGCCCGUAGCUGCCGCGUGCCCGCAAUCACAUGUCAAAUUACAUGUAAAACUUGUGAGGAGGAGGAGGAGGAGAAGUUAGCCUUGCAGUUUUAUACUCCCCCCACCUUUUAUGACUUUCCAUUUGGGCUGAAAGAAAUUGACUUUGGCAAGCAAACCACUAAUUGUGAAAUUCGAUGCUACUGUGAUGCUGCCCACUGUGUAGCCACUGGUUAUAUGUGUAAAUCUGAGCUCAGCGCCUGCUUCUCUAGACUUCUUGAUCCUCAGAACUCAAAUUCCCCACUCACCCAUGGCUGCCUGGACUCUCUUGCAAGCACGGCAGACAUCUGCCAAGCCAAACAGGCCCGAAACCACUCUGGCACCACCAUGCCCACACUGGAAUGCUGUCAUGAAGACAUGUGCAAUUACAGAGGGUUGCAUGAUGUUCUCUCUCCUCCCAAGGGUGAGGCCUCAGGACAAGGAAACAGGUAUCAGCAUGAUGGUAGCAGAAACCUUAUCACCAAGGUGCAGGAGCUGACUUCUUCCAAAGAGUUGUGGUUCCGGGCCGCAGUCAUUGCCGUGCCCAUUGCUGGAGGGCUGAUUUUAGUGUUGCUUAUUAUGUUGGCCCUGAGGAUGCUUAGAAGUGAAAACAAGAGGCUGCAGGAUCAGCGGCAACAGAUGCUCUCCCGUUUGCACUACAGCUUUCACGGACACCAUUCCAAAAAGGGGCAGGUCGCAAAGUUAGACUUGGAAUGCAUGGUGCCGGUCAGUGGGCACGAGAACUGCUGUCUGACCUGUGAUAAAAUGAGACAAGCAGACCUCAGCAAUGAUAAGAUCCUCUCACUCGUUCACUGGGGCAUGUACAGUGGGCACGGGAAGCUGGAAUUCGUAUGACCGAGUCUUAUCUGAACUACACUUCUUGAACGCUUGAAGGCCUUUUGAGUUCUGCUGGACAGGAGCACUUUAUCUGAAGACAAACUCAUUUAAUCAUCUUUGAGAGACAAAAUGACCUCUGCAAACAGAAUCUUGGAUAUUUCUUCUGAAGGAUUAUUUGCACAGACUUAAAUACAGUCAAAUGUGUUACUUUAAAAUUAUAGAAAGCAAAGAGAAGACUUUGUACACACUGUCACCAGGGUUAUUUGCAUCCAAGGGAGAUGGAAUUGAGUACCUAAAUAAACAAAAAUGUGCCCUAUGUAAGCUUCUACAUCUUGAUGUAUUGUAAAGAUUUAAAAGAAAUAUAUAUAUUUUGUCUGAAAUUUAAUAGUGUCUUCCAUAAAUGUAACUGGGAAGCGUGAGACAGUACAUGUUAAUUACACUAAUGGCCAUUUGCUGUUGCUCACUUGUUGUCAACUCCAGGAUGUGGCUUGAUUUUUUUCUUUUUCUCUUUUCUUUUUUAAACAAGACCAAGAUCUUGCUUAUUCUUCCA